CUCACGGACGCGCUGGGUAUAAAACCCACCCUGCCAUUGUUCAUCAUGUCUCCUUCGCUACAGCAAUUGCCUCUCACUCCCUUCCUUCACACCUCUCCAUCGCCAUGGGUUCCGUCCACCAAGCCCCCCGUGUGAUCCCCUCCACGGAGACUCCCUACUUUACCCCCGCCAACAAUGGCGGCGAAGCCCUCAACCCCGCCGACCCCAACACUCCCACGCUCUUCCGCCCCUUGAAGAUUCGCGAUGUGACCCUCAAGAACCGUGUCGUUGUCUCGCCUAUGUGCAUGUACUCCGCCGAAAGCGAUACCUCCUCUCCCUUCGUUGGCGCCCUCACGGAUUACCACAUUGCCCAUCUGGGCCAAUUCGCUCUGAAAGGCGCCGGUCUCGUCUUCGUCGAAGCCCAGGCUGUCCAGCCCAACGGGCGCAUUUCCCCCAACGACGCGGGUCUGUGGGAACACUCCCCCGAAUCGGAACAAUUCAAGAGUCUGCAGCGCGUGGUGCGGUUUUGUCACAGCCAGGGUGCCAAGGUAGCCGUCCAGCUCGCCCAUGCGGGUCGCAAGGCGAGCGUGCUCCCUCCGUGGGUGGGCGUGCAGGCCAAGAAGCCCUGCGUCAAGGCGGACGAGAGCACAGGCGGAUUCCCGUCCGAGGUGGUCGGGCCCAGCGGUGGUGCGGACCAGGCCUGGGAUGGAACUGGCGAGGGAUACUGGGCGCCUCGGGCCUUGACGGUUGAGGAGAUCAAGGAGAUAGUGCAGGCCUUCGCCAAGAGUGCGGAGACGGCCAUCCGGGCUGGUGUUGACGUGAUCGAGGUCCACGCUGCUCACGGAUACCUGAUCAACCAGUUCUUGAGCCCGGUGACCAACAAGCGGACGGACGAGUAUGGAGGCAGCUUCGAGAACCGUACACGCAUUCUCCGGGAGACCAUCACCGCCAUUCGAGCGGCCGUCCCCAGCGGUACCCCGUUGUUCCUGCGGAUCAGUGCGACGGAAUGGCUGAACGGACAGGCUGUUGCGGCGGAAUCAGGCAGCUGGAACAUGGAGAGCUCGCUCAAGCUUCUGCCUCUGCUUCCAGAGCUUGGAGUCGACCUCUUGGAUGUCAGCUCCGGCGGUAACCACCACAGCCAGAAGAUCAACAUCCACACCAAUUACCACAUUGAUUUGGCCGCACAGGUGCGCAAAGCCAUCCAUGCGACCGGCGCGAAGACGCUGGUGGGCGCGGUCGGGUUCAUCACCGAGGCCGAUCAGGCCCGGGGACUCGUGGAAGGCGCCGACGAGGCGCACGCCGCCAAUGCGACGGUAUCUGGACCGGAGCCCGUAGCAGAUCUGGUGUUGAUGGCGCGGCAGUUCAUGCGUGAACCAGAGUGGGUGAUGAACGCGGCGAAGAAGCUGGGAGCGAAGGUGGAGGUGCCGGUGCAAUUCUGGCGGGCUGGACUGGUUUGAACCAUUGAGCGAUCUAGAUAUAAGACUAUAGACCCAUAUAAUCCACUAUUGCAAUAG